AUGGUGUCCGUUCUAAACACCGUCGAUACCGGACACGAGGAUAUGAUCCAUGACGCGGAAAUGGAUUAUUAUGGUUUGAGGUUAGCAACUUGUUCCAGCGAUAAUUCAGUUAAAAUAUUUGAUUUGAAAAAUGGAUCGCAAAGUUUAGUGGCCGAUCUUAAGGGUCAUGUUGGUCCCGUUUGGCAAGUUGCUUGGGCACAUCCUAAAUUUGGAAAUCUUCUAGCAUCUUGCAGUUAUGAUCGGAAAGUAAUCAUUUGGAAAGAAUUGGGAGUAUGGACUAAAAUUUAUGAACAUACUGGACACGACUCUUCCGUAAACUCGGUAGCCUGGGCACCACACGAGUUUGGACUAAUUCUUGCCUGUGGAAGUUCUGAUGGUUCACUAACUAUUCUCACUAGUAACGGUGACACAUGGGAUACACAAAAAAUUGCAAAUGCUCAUACCAUUGGAUGCAAUGCUGUAAGUUGGUGCCCUGCUAUCGAGCCUAGUUUCGAUGCCACAGGAACCCAGAGAAAUGGACCAGUAAAAAGAUUAGCUACAGGCGGAUGUGAUAAUUUAGUAAAAAUUUGGAAAGAAGCAGGUGAUAGGUGGAUCGAAGAAGAUAAGUUAGAAGCACAUAGCGAUUGGGUAAGAGAUGUAGCAUGGGCACCUGCAGUUGGACCUUCUAAAGCUGCCCUAGCUUCUUGUUCACAAGAUCGUCGUGUAAUUGUAUGGACAUCGAAUGAUUAUUCUAGUUGGACACCAACUAUACUUAAUGUUUUCGAUGAUGUUAUAUGGAAUGUCAGUUGGUCAUUGACUGGUGGUAUAUUAGCAGUUAGCGGUGGCGACAAUAAGGUGUCUCUUUGGCGUGAGAAUACAGAAGGACAGUGGACCUGUAUUUCUGAGACAAACAAGGGCCAAGGGAAUCUAAAUAAUACUGAUCAGCGUGCACUGUAAUAUCUGAUAAUACAAUAUAGGAUUAUUUUGUACCAAUAAGCAUAAAUUAAAAUAAUUGUUCUACAUUAAUAACAAUCUCAUUCCUUAUGUUCUCACUUUUAUUGCAUACCUAUACAGAAAGGAUUAUGUAAAGUAAAAUGGAAUUACGGUAUUUUACAUUCAUUGUAUAAACAAGAUCUUAUUGUACAUUCUCUUAGCACAUACUCCAUAUAGAAUGUAUAGAUUUAAAAAAUAUAAACAUCUUUCCACGAGUAUGUCAUAUGAUCGAAAUUCAAAUGUUCUAUGUGAAAUAAAUUACUGAACAUAAAA